AUGGACCGUUUUCCACUACCCAAUAUAGAUCAAUUGGUGGACGAGACGGCAGGAUGUGAACUCAUGAGCUUCAUGGACGCCUUCCAUGGGUACCAUCAGAUAUCCAUGCAUGAGGAGGACGCCGAAAAGACCGCCUUCACCACUCCCGAGGGGAUAUUCUGCUACUUGGUCAUGCCAUUCGGAUUGAAGAAUGCCAGGGCCACAUACACUCGCAUGGUGGCAAAGCUGUUCAAGACGGUAUUGGGACGAAACAUGGAAGCAUACGUGGACGACAUGAUCGUCAAAAGUCGCAAGGCCACCUCCCAUGUCGAGGAUCUCGGCGAGGUAUUUUCCAUUAUGAAGAAAUUUAAUUUGCGCUUGAACCAAAAAAAAUGCACAUUCACCGUCGAUGGGGGCAAAUUUUUGGGCAUCAUGGUCACUAGGAACGGCAUUGAGCCGAACCCAGAAAAGAACAAAGGGUUCGAAUGGACGCCACACUGUCAAAAGGCCUUCGAGGAAUUGAAAAAAUACUUGUUGUCCCCGCCCCUGCUUGCAAAGCCAGAAGCAGGUGAAGCUCUAAUCUUGUACUUGGGCAUGUCACAGGGUGCGAUCAGCUCCGUGCUGGUCAAAGAAGAAGGAGGGACUCAACGUCCCAUCUACUACAUGAGUAAAGCCCUACACGACGCGGAGCUCCGGUACAGUGUGUUGGAGAAAACAGUAUUUGCCAUAGUCACUUCAUCAAAAAGGUUGGCCCACUACUUCCAAGCUCACCCCCUCCACGUACUCUCACACCAGCCGUUGGGGAGCUUCUUCCGGAAUACUAACAGCUCCGCCAGGAUGGCACGAUGGAUCAUGCACCUUAGUCAGUUUGACAUAGAUUUCAAACCAAGGCCCGACAUCAAAGGCAAAGCUCUUGCAGACUUUAUAGUGGAGUGCACAGCUCGGGAAGUGACGGACCAAGUAGAAACUAAAGAUGGAGGGUGGUGGACCUUGUCCACAGACGGUUCUUCCAACAGCAAAGGUUGCGGCGGCGACGUAGUGCUCGUCACUCUGGAGGGAUUCCACGCCUACUAUGCCAUCCGAUUCCACUUCAAGUUAUCUAACAAUGAGGCGGAGUACGUGGCCCUCCUCAAUGGGCUGCGGUUGGCGGCGGGACUACGAGCUGAAAAAGUCCGAAUUCGAUGCGAUUCCAAACUUGUAGUCAGCCAGGUGUCUGGGGAGUACGAAGCCAACGAAGGAAACAUGCAGAAAUACAAAGGCACGGUGCUGAGAACCUUGCGCGAGUUUGAGGGGUAUGAAAUACAUCAGGUACCAAGGGAGCAGAACGCCGACGCCGACAUGCUCUCAAAACUAAGUACCGGAGUCCCCAGCCACAUUAGGAAGAUCGCUCGACUAGAAGACCUCGAGACUUCAAGUAUCGAAGUUUCGUGGGUCUUCCCCGUGCAGACUAGGGAGCCAUGUUGGAUUGAUCAUAUCAAGCGAUACAAGGCAGAUGGCACCUUACCACAAGACGAGGCAGACGCAAAGGUAACAAAGUUACGGGCACCCAGCUACGUUGUCUCGGGCGAUAAGCUAUACAAACGCUCCUACAACGGCACGUUACUGAGGUGUCUAUAUCCAGAUGAAGCCAAGUUGGUGAUGAAAGAAGUCCACGAGGGGGCAGCACUCUUUGCAGAACUUUGUGUUAUGCCAGUCUUCUUCAAUUCUGUGGGUGGUAUCGCCCGUGCCUGGGGCCUCUCUGCAAUCCUCUACCGUCGACAAGCAGCUAUCCGUACUCAUCCCAUGGUGUUAAAGCAUAUGACGAGUGCUGCAGUGGCUGAUGUUGUCCCUGUGGCUCUUGCUGUUGAUGUACGGUCUCCUAAUCUAACGUGUUAUCUGCAGGUUGUUCGUUAUCCUGAGUGUCGUGAGGCUAUGGACUUGGAGUUUAAUGCUUUACAGUACAAUAAUACCUGGCGGUUGGUGCCUUAUCACCCAAACAUGAAUGUUGUUGGUUGCAAGUGGGAUUUCUUUGACACCUUCAGUCCGGUGGUUAAGCCAACCACGGUUCGACUUUUGUUAGCUCUUGCGGUUUCCUCUAAUUGGGUGAUUCGCCAGUUGGAUGUUCAUAACGCCUUUUUGAAUGGAAACUUGCCCGAAACUGUGUACAUGCGUCAACUACUUGGCUAUGCUGACGCAAACUGUCCUGAGCAUGCUGCCUCUCAUGUGUAUCUGUUGGUCUAUGUUGCUAACAUACUGGUUAUGGGGUCUCCGAGUUUUUUUCUUGGUAUUGAGAUUGUUGCCCGUGACAGUGGUUGUGUUCUCUCUCAGAAGUGGUAUAUGUGUGACAUUCUAAAGUGCACUGGUAUGGUGGACUAUGAUCUGUUUGCUUAUUUGACUAAGUACAAAAGCUUAGCGGGUGCUCUUCAGUAUUUGACGACACGUGUUGGUUGUCCUGUUGAUCGCAAGUCGACGAGUGGAUUUGCAGUGUUCUUGGGUUGUGUCUCUACUGAAGUCACUUGGAUUAUAUGUCUUUGUUGCGUUGCUUCGGGAGAGCUUCUGGUUAAAUCAAUAUCUAUCAAAGAGCUGGUUGCUGAUAUUUUCACUAAGCCUCUGCUCGCUUUCCGGUUUGUGUUCUUCGUGAUAAGCUUCAGGUUGUCCGCCAUGACCCCUACGCUUGAGGGAGAUUGUUAG